UUUAUUGCAACGGUACUAACUUUAUUAGUGCUUGGAGAGGAGGCAAAAGUUUGUGAAUCCGAACGACACCAACGUAUGGUACUCAGUACAAAUGCAAGUCCAGGGCAAUUUCCUUAUAUGGUAUCGUUGAUAAGAGACAAGAGACAUUUUUGCGGUUGUUCUAUAAUAUCUGCUAAUUACGUUGUAACUGCUGCUCACUGUCUUACGGAUUCAUUUGAUGGACGCAGUUACUUCGUGGAUACAAGUCCGCUCUUUAUUCGCGCCGGUUCCGUGCAUUUAUGGGGAGGAGGUAUAAUUAUUGCAGCUGCUGAACACAAGAUAUUUCCACAUUACGACGGUUUUCGGAACGAUAUAGCUGUUGUUAGAUUAGCUCAAUCUUUAAAUUUCACUGAUCAUAUAAGACCAAUAAGCUUGGCUGAAUCAUUUCCACCGCAUCUAAGUAAUGUGCUUGUUGCUGGUUGGGGUAGUUUAUAUGAAAAUGGACCAAUUCCAGAUAUUUUGCAAUAUACUUCUAUGUCAAGUGUUUCCCAUAAUGUAUGCAAAAGGGUAUUCAAAUACGCUCACAAAUCCCUCUUGUGUUUGUUAAAUCAAAAAGAUUUCCCAAAUGGUGGAUGUUUUGGGGACUCAGGUGGACCAGCUGCAUACAAUGGUAGCUUGGUAGGCGUUGUCAGUCUCGUGACUUGUGGUGACCUAUCUCCGGACAUUUUUGUCAAUAUAGUUUAUUAUGCUAAGUGGAUUAGAACCAAUACCGACUUAAAUGAUUAAAUAAUAAAAUAAUAAAAAAAAAAAAAAUAAAUAAAUAAAUUGCAAAUUAAAAAACAAUUGAAUUCGAUUUUCUUCUUUCGAUACCGAGUGCGACAACGUCACUAAAUUUUAAAAAUUUGGCCGAUUGGAAGAGAUUUGCGGGAACUCUUUAUACGAUCAGUCGUCACAGCUAUGUCUGAAUUUAAAAAACUAAAUAUCUUCUCCUAGAAGGUUCGAGUGACUCAUGUGUGAACGAAAGCUUUUAAAACAAUUAUAUCAAUAUAGCCCUAAAAAAGAGUACAAAUUCAGCUUAAGUCAGUUGUGAUCAAAGGAAAACAAGAAACUCUUCAUUUAAGCUCUAGUCAAUGAUGUUUAGAAGAAGUGUGUGGAAUUUCACUUAGUCACUGCAUUCACUUAUGAGUAAGCAUGCCCACCGACUUUAAAAAUUAAUGUUGCGAAAAAAUGUUAUGGAAACAGCAGUAGAGGGAGAGAGAGAGAAAGAGCAAAGUUAUGGUAGGAUCGUCUAAGGGCUCGCUCUGUCUCUC